UUUGACAUCACUAUUUCCCCUCCCCCAUUCAUGAUUUGGAACGCCUCCUCUUAACAACAACAAAGACGAAGAGAAGCAUGACUGACUUAAGACUGCACCGUCUCUGUCGCAACUCUUCUCCGGCUGGUCGGCACGUCUCGUAUUAACGGAGACCUGUCCUUCGCCGGUUCCGCAGACCGAAACCCCCCUCCCUCCCUCGAACAUAGGAGAGGAUCGCGGGCUCGAUUCCGGGCUGUCCGUGUAAUCGGAAUCGGCCAUCUAUCGUGGCAUUCGAUAGUCUUCUCUAACUAUACACUCCUAUACAGAUACCGAACGACGUCCCAGCAUCUCCAUGAUUUUGGCCGACGACUCCCCGUCCUGUGCAACCGGUCACUACCGCUGAUCGCGAAAUACGAUGACGCUCUUCAGUCCGACCACGAUUCUCGUGGGCCUCCUUCUCCUAUACCUCCUAUCCUUCCUCAUCUUCGCCAUCGUCCGAAUAGCGACAGGAGUCUCCAUUCAGCGAAUAGGAUAUUUUUCUCUCCGUCGAAUUACCUACGUCCCGAAAGAUGGCGUGCAAAUCGAACUCCGUGGCCUCGGGCUGUCCUUACAUCCCCCGUCGUUUGCGCAACCUACAUGGCUCAGCCUCAAACUUACCGAACUUAAGGUGACGCUGGACCCGUCAGCCCUAGCGAAGGGUCGCAAUGCAGAAAAUCGAGUGGAUGCCUUAGAGCUGCAGAGCCCUUCGGAGGAUGAUGAGUCGAGCAAGGACACCACGGAAAAGGAAGGGCGCAACCUCAAGCAGCGGAGCAAGACGUGGAAAAGUUUGACACGCAUGAAGGAGCAAGUGAAACAAUUACACCGGAAGAUUCACUGGCUGAAAUUGGUGGAUGUUGUGGCCGUCAAUACCACCAUCAAUGUGGUUGAAGCUGGCCAGAUUCAAGUGGGAUCGCUGUCCUUAGGCGUGGAUACCAGGCGCAAGAUGGUCGACCGGGGGAAAUUAUUUCGAAUGAGGAAAACUGACACCGGGGAACAGAAGCCCGUCGAAUGGAUCAUGAAUGUGCAGAAUGUGCUUCUCGCCGUCGAUGGAGGCGAAUCAACCGAAGUGCUGGACAAUGUUCGGGUGCAUAUACAUGGUCUCCUCCACAAAGAGCUGGAUGGUCUCAGGGAUGCGUCGAUAGCGUUCAAGGUCGGAAGGAUGCAUAUUCCCUUUGAUGACUUGAUGACAUUCAUGCAGCGUGUCAAAAAGUCAAAACAGUUGCCAAAGGGACCUGUGGACAACAACAACAACAACAACAACAACAACAACAACAACAACAACACGGACGACGAGAUGUCAUUUGCCGAUUUCGUCGAGGAGCUUGAUCAGCCCGGCAGUAGAGAUGAUGCGAUCAUGCAGACAGUCGCGGAUUCGAAAGAGUUUGCCGGGUCUAUACUUCGUGGAAUCCAAGGCAUUCAGGUAGCGCUCAGCUUUUUCCGCCUGUCUCGGGCUUUUCAACCCACAUCUGAAAAACAAGGUCCCCUGUUUCUCAAUGUCGUGUCCCACGAGAUAGGCAUUGAUCUACACCGAAUGGAUCAACAAAGUCCUGCCCACCGGAUGUAUUUCCAGCGCAAGGACGUAGCACAUCAGGCCCUUCUUGCGGCCAUCUCCCUCUCAGUCAGCUUGGACGAUGGCUCGGGUGAAAGCGAUAACAUACUAUAUAUCCCCAUGGCCACGACGACGAUUAAGACUACUCUACCUUCCAAGACCAUCAGCUCAUUCGAUGAUUACAACCCGGAGGAGCGCAACACCAAUAUUCUUUUCGCCAAUUUGGUGGUUACCUCACCAUCCCUGGACCUAGAACCAAGACAGGUUUCUAGACUCCUUGAGUUGUCUCAGACUCGGAGGCCGUCACCCAGAGGCAAAAAGAGAGACAACCAUCGUUUGAUAUCGCGCUUGCUGCCCAAAGCUAGCAUCAAAAUGUCCAUCCACGAGCCCGUGGUUAGAUUUGUCUUGCCGAUUUCAAAGCCUGCCGAUACUUCCGACGAUGACUAUAAUCUCCUCAUCUGCUCAAUAUCUGCUAUCUCGCUUGACAUUGAAUCUUCGCACUCGUCGGAGGGUGGGGUACAUUAUUCAUUGUCUUCAAUUUAUCGAGUGGCCUCACACAAACUCUACUACCAGACUCCAUCUGGUAUCAAGCAUAACCUCCUUACGACUGAAUCACUGGAGUUCAAGGUGCUAUUGAGUGCUUCUCCCGAGGUACGCGUUAUUGCAUCAGGCAACUUGAACACUGCCUCUGCGCACAUGGUCAAUGACGAGGUGAAUCGCGGGAUUCACGAGGUCAUUGAGCAAUUUCAAGCUCAGACAAGGCACAGAAGAACGGCUUCUGUGUCCAUUGAAGAACGAAAGCCCAGUCUUUUGAGGCGCGUUCCCUCCUGGUUGCUCAGGUUUCAGUUUGAGGCGACCGGUCUCAGCGUGGAAAUCGCCGGCGUUGAUGCAAGCGUCUCAUCAUUAUCUCGUGGUGUCUCGUUCCAGCUGCAAUCAUGGACUGCAGAUUAUAAAGCCCAAAAGUCCGAGCCGAUCGCGGUCAGCUUCUCGAGACGACGUACGCCUAGUCAUUCCACGAUAGGUGAUGAAUCGUCUUUCAGAUUUCCCACAUCACCUCCGAGACAGAAGCUUGGUGUUGCUGCAGACGGUCGUCGACUUGCCAUUCAUGUCCGAGGGUUCGAAGGCUUUGUUAUCGAAUCGGAGGAUUUCCUGGAGGCUGAACCUUUCUUCUCCCUCCCGCGGUUCGAGGUCGCUUUGAGCACCAUGAGCGAUCGUCUUGGACCGAUUUUCAACAUCAACUCCGUUUUCAAAGGUGUUUACAUGCAAUACUCGCUUUACAGGUAUUAUUGCCUUGGAGUCGCAGUUUCUGUAAUCAAAAACGCUUUCAUGCGAAGACCAUCCCCAGGUGCCGACCAAGAAGCAUACCAAGGUCUGAACGAUUUCUCUUCGCCCCCGUCGCCACGAACUUCGUCAAGAGGAGAGCUUGUCACCGUGGAUGUCAGAGCAACAGUUAUCCAAGUCAAGUCUUUUCUUCCUGCAGAUCCCCCCAUGUUGCUGCAGAUCUAUGGGUUAACAGCGGGAUCUCAUCGGCUCUCUACUCCUUUUGUCCGAGCUCAUCUGGUACGGCUGCAUGCUGAAGCCCCCAAACUCAAAGGAAUUUGGGCAAGAAUCAUAAGCAUGAACAAUGUCCGGCUUGAUCUGCGCAAGAUGAAACUAAAGCAGGGUACGAGUAUGGUUGAGCAGAAGUCCGUCGACAUUUGGGCGGAUUUCAUCCGUCUGGGUGUCCCACAUCAUAUGGUCAUGCAUCGUAUCUUUGACAAUUUCAUCAAUACGUCCAAGGCACUCAAACAGCUUCAUCACAGGUUCAAGGGUCAUUCGGCUGAAUUCGGAUCAGCAAGAGGCCCAGAAGACCCCAAGAAAGUGCCUAGAAUCUCCUUGCGCAGCAAAGCCUUGCUAUUUGAGAUGGAAGAUGAUGCGUUCGAAUGGAAACUCGGAUGUAUCUACCGAACCGGUCUGCUGGAGCAACGCCAGCGCUUGGCUCGGGAAGAGGCAUUCGAACUGAAGCUCCAGAAGAUCAAGGAGACAGAUCAGCGGCGCACUUCGUCCAGGCUUCGUACCAGGUCAAGCCACCGCACUCUUCGCAGUGAACGUCACAGCGAGGAGAGAAGGAGAAGUAAAAGUGCGGAUGCUAAGCCGCGGCGGAGCUUAAACGAGGAUAAGCGGGGACGAGACAGGAAAUUCCGAUACGACACUGAAGGUGCUGCUUGUCUGUCGUGCGAAUCCAAGAUCUCUGCCGGGAACGCGUGGUAUCGGCUUCAAGAGCACAAUGCCCGUUCUUGGAAAUCCAAGAUCGACUCCGCGCUGCGUUUUCAGGGCACGUCUAUUCGGGAGGUGCGGAGCCUCUUUUCUGGUGCUGAUGAACCCCCAGACGAUGUACAAGAGACAGAGACUGUGUUGUCGAUACCCAACCGACCUGCCCUUCUGUCCGCCUUGAUAAGUGACGUCAAUCUUGUGGUAGACAAGCCGUUCUUCCCUCUGGAAGACUAUCCUAAAUUCCUCCAUAGCAUCGGAAAGGGCAUGCCGAUGUCAACGAAGUAUGCUUUGCUUGUUCCGAUGAGUAUCCAGUUGGAUAUGGGCGAAGCUCGGGUGAACCUCAGAGACUAUCCUCUAGACCUUCUUCACAUACCAGCUCUUCGACCCGGCCAAUCCCCGAGAUUAUCGAGCUGGUCGCUACGAACAAACUUCGUCAUUGCCGAGGAAUACCGCGAUCACAAAUCUGCUAGACAGGUCAAAUUAGAAUUAGUCCCUUCGACCGAACUAUCAGACGGUUCGAUAAGUCCGCCUUUCGCGAUCGAAGUCUGGCGAUCUGUCUCACCUGUGAAGACAUACUCAGACCCUACCUUCGAAAUUAAUACCAGUCUCCCCACGAGCAUCUCCUGGGGCAUGUCUUACCAACCGGUCAUACAGGACAUGAUGAAGAUUAUUGAAGGCUUUACGAAGACCGAGAUCGACCCAUCCGAUAGGGUUGGCUUCUGGGAUAAGAUCCGGCUGAGUUUCCACUCGAGAAUUCGGGUGGUUUGGAAGGAAGACGGAGACGUCCAUCUCCGUCUCAAGGGGUCACGCGACCCAUAUGUUGUCACUGGGUUUGGAGGCGGUUUUGUAAUGUGUUGGCGGAAAGAUGUCAAAUGGGAGAUCCACACUAGCGACGAUCCAAUGGAGUUCAUGAGCGUUACAAGUGGGGAAUACGUGCUGGCAAUUCCCGACUACAGCCAUGAAGCACGGUAUAUGGCCGAGGCCACAGCCCAGGAUCUCGAAACGACUUCGGCUUCCAGUGAUUUGAAAAAUGCAGCCCACUUCAAAAAGGUCGUCAUGAAACUGUCAGGUGAUGUUCGCCUAGUUGCUGGUUUGGUGUUUGAGCGCAACGUCAACGAGAAUGAACGGUCAUUCGAAUUCCGACCUCACUACGAUGUUGUGCUUCAAAAUCCAUUGCUCAUCGAUCCAGCGCAUAAAGAAAACUAUGAUGCCUACCGCGGCUUCCGCAGUAACCACAUUCAUCUCUCGAUCUCUGUUAUUGCACCAGUCAGCCGGAACUGGUCGGUUGACUCCGUUCAACCCUCUGCAAGCUACAAUACCGUGCACUUGAGUCCGCGCUUCUUCACGCAUUUUUUCAAUUGGUGGUCUCUCUUCUCAGGUGUCAUGUCACUUCCGGUACGACAGGGACCGCUGUGGCCGGGCAUCACGAAAACGAGCAAGAAGUUCAACCGUCAUCUGGCAACUGUCAAGUACAAGCUGCUACUUGCCCCACUCUUUGUUGCUCAUAUUUAUAAGCACAAGGAUCGCGAGGAUUACGCGGAAGAUGUAGUGACAGCGACUGGUAUCAAAGUCCGGCUAGACUGUUUGAAGCUCGAUAUUCACCAAAGAAGAGAACAAGUCAAGACUCAAGCUAAGGGCCGUCUAAAGCAGACCAAGGCGAGCGCAAUGCGAAUCAACCAGGGGCAAUUAGACCUGCAGGCGGCAGACUUUCGUGCUGUCUCUGCCAGCAUUGAAGGCACAAACCUGGAUGACAUUGAGAAGAAUAGAGAUGAUAUCCUAUCAUCCUUCCAACAACCCGUCGCCUCUGUGGAUUUAUCUCGAUUCACAAUUCCUGACCAGAAUCUUGACUGGAUAGACAUGGAUGAUUUUGUGGAAUUGGAUUGGAUCCUGCCUCAAGAGUCGAACCCUCGAACUCAGAUCUUACCCCUGGCAUUUACACCACGUUUCACCUACUUCCGUCAGACAGACCAUGGCCAGACAGUUCCAGAUGAAACAGGCUAUAGCAGAUUCGGAGACGAACCAACUCACAUUUGUGUCAUGUCUGAGAAUAACGAACCUCGCCGUGUACAAAUGGAGUUGAUUAGAGAUCGCCUGGUUUCCGUUGAGGCCCAGAUGCGCGAUUGCCACCGGUCUAUUGGUGAGCAGGAACUUCGCAUGGCGAGGGAGGUCGACCAUGAUCCCGAGUUGCGGAAGCAGCAUGCCGAUUAUUUGAGACAAGCAGAAACGUUGACGCGGAGACGAGCUUUCCUGACAGCUGGUUUGCAGCGCCUUGAAAGACAGAUAGCCCGUGAGGAGAAACAGCCAGUAGACAAAAGCCCUGAAGCUUUUGCGAACGACAGCGCUUCAAAGAUGGGUGCUGACUCAGAUUCAACGAGUGAUGCCCGGGACGCCGACAUGGACGGACUUUUCUCGGGCCCUGAUGAUGAGUUAGCAAGCGAUUUCAACAAUCGAUUCAUCAUCCACAAUGUCCAGCUGAAGUGGAACAAUUCCCUUAGGAAUAUUAUGCUUCGUUACAUUCACCAAGUCAGUCAGCGACGUGGUUUUGUGUACUACAUGUCUCGGCGGGCAGUGAAGUUCAUUCUUGACAUCGUCGAGGAGCAGAACAAGAACAAGCAGAAGCACUCAAAACUGUUCCGCUCAGCGUCGAGACGCCCCUCAGAUGUUCGGGGUCUCGUGGAUAGCGAUGAUGAUGACACCGUCGAGGAUCGCAUUGAGCAAUUGUUGAAUGAUGCAAAACGCUUUGUGAGUGCGGAAGAGCAAGAAAACCAGGAGCAGCAGAAGCCAAGCACUCCUGCGUCAGAUGGCUCUAGCGAGAACAUCGCGCCAGAAUUCACGCCCCAGAACAGUUAUCAUUUGCGACUCAUUGCCCCACAAAUCCAACUGCAGAGCGAGAAGAACCAGAAGUCCGUUUUGCUGGUUGCGGCGAAGGGGAUGCAACUGCAGGUUAUCUCUAUCAUGGACAAGGAGCGAGUGUCUGAUGAUGUCAGCGGUCUGGUACAGCGUCGCUUCUCGCUUUGCAUGGAUGGAGCCCAGUUCUUCGUGGCAACACAGAAAAACCUGAUGAACCACCUUCAGUUCUAUGCAGGCAACAAAUACGGCAAUUCCCCAGGCUCAGCGUGGCCACCAUGGUUGACCUUGGAAGCAGUGUUCGACUUUGAGUUAAAUCCCUUUGGAUUCUCUAGAAUUAUUCAGAAGACUUCGGCGAGCUUACGAUAUGAUAAGUACAACAACCUCCGUCUGAAGUACAACGAGGAAGUGGCCAAGGGCCAGCCCGGGCAACCGCUUGACAUCGAGGACCAGGAACCGAGGAUGGACUACAUCAGUGUCGACUUCCCUCAUUUCCGGGCCAUCUGUGACUCGGCCGAGUAUUACUCCAUGUAUAUCAUUGUCUUGGAUCUUUUGCUCUACAGUGAACCGCUGGAAAAGGUUCGCAAUGAGCGUUUGGAGAAGAUUAUGCUCACUUCCGAUUUCAGUGACUUGAGGGGCGCCCCGGAAAUGGUCUUCAAGCUCCAGGCCCGCAUACGACACCUCGAGGAGAUCAAGGAACAUUUCCAAAUUCACGCCAAGUAUCUGGACAAGCAGGGCUGGGAGGAUCGUCUAGUCCUUGAGAAAGACCUUACCCAAUGCGAGGAUGAGCUGUUCUUCUUGAUGAAGGCUAUCACUAGUUCCCAAAGAAAGAUCGAUCCGACCAUGUCAAAAGCGCAUGGAAUUCUCCGCUGGAACAUUUCUGCUAGUGAGGUCGUGUGGCAUCUCAUGAAGGAUCAAAAUGAACCACUCGUUGAGUUUCAAUUGCGGAAUGCUGCAUAUGAUCGCACGGACAACAGCGACGGAUCGAAUCACAACGAAGUUGCUGUCGAGCGACUGUAUGGCUUGAACCUCCUCCCAGAUGCCAUCUAUCCACAGAUCAUUGUUCCCUAUCUUGACCAGGCUCGCAACCUCAAUGGCCCUGAUGACUAUAUGAUCAAGGUCAAGUGGCACAUGCUAGAGGCAGUUGCCGGUAUACCAGUUGUGGAUGACUUCGAGGUGUCGCUCUUCCCUAUGAAGGUCCAACUGGAGCAGGUGCUCGGCCAAAAGGUUUUCGAGUACAUGUUUCCUAAUGUUGGGUCGACCGCUUUCGAAAAUGGCGGUUUUUCGCCCUUCAUGAUCAAAAACAUGAAGCCCAUCGAUGGUUCGUCCGACUCUGAGGAGGAAGACCGACCAAAGACAUCCCCUGGGCUAGAGCAGAGCGAUAUGUCGACUGACGAUCUGUCCUUGAAGGGAACUGGCGCCAUUGAGUUGAGGCUUCAACCCACACUUUCUCUGGUGGAGGAAGGCAGGCCUCGGUCCCAGCAUCGCCAUCUCAAGGGCCUUGCACUGACACCCAUUCACAAAGAUAAAGACCCAAACCUGUUGAUGCGUCCGUCGACGAGUGGAGCGUUGAGCAAGAAGAGAUCGGUCGACAGUCUACGGAUGUUGUCAAGACAGUCCACGGAGAAAUCUCUGGCUAACACCACCGGAACGAAUUCUACCGGUGACGAAAAGUCCAAAAAGUUUGCUCUUGGGAGGGCCACCAAAGGCAAGAACAAGGAAGCGCCUGACGACCUGGCGCAGAUGAUGUCACGUGCGUCGAACUAUAUGACGUUGGCUCAUGUCAAGGUGCACGACGUGGUGCUCUGCCUGAGCUACAAAGGCAAGGGAGACCACAAUCUGGAGGAUCUCCACGACUUUGUCUUCCGACUACCGGUGCUUGAGUACCAGAAUAAGACGUGGUCGAAUCUGGAUUUGGCUUUGCGCCUCAAGAAGGACGUGAUCAAGGCUCUGAUCUCGCAUGCUCCCGCGAUCUUAGGCAACAAGUUCUCUCACCACCGACCUUCUAAGCAGCAACAGCAGCAGCAAAAGCGGUAUCGUGAACUUAUGAGCUCAUCUCAGCUUCUACACAACUCGGAUAGUGUGGCGCAAGCAACGUCUGAUAAAGCCAGCAGUCUGACAAGUGUCGACUCCAACAGUGAAUACUCAGAAUCACAACGCUCUGGACAUUCAGGGACACUGCCGCUUGCGCGGUCAAAUUCUCUCGGGUCUAGCAUGCUCAGCAUCAACGAACCAAGUGGAGUCCUAUCGGAUUCGCGUUCGGCGAGCGAAGUCGAUGUUGAUGCCCGAUGGGAGCAAUCCCGUCGACUAGUCAAUCCUCCCAGCCGCCCAAUGACUUCGGGUCAAGCACUUCCUCGAUCUCAGACCACCAAGCUCUGGGAUGGACCAGAAGAAGGUUCUAGCCACAAGACGACAUCAAUUCGCAACUUUGGCCGCAAACUCAUGCCUUCUCGAAAAUAACCUCCCAAUUCGAUUCAAGUGGAAGACAUCCAUCAGAUGUCGCCCGCCCCCUAAGUC